GCAGAAUUGAAGAAAGGUAACUUUAUCUGCCACAUUUCCCAACUACUAUUAAUUAGCAUUAAUAAGCGAGAUGAGAUAAAGGAUAAAUUGACCAUAUAAUAUCUAAGGAUGAAUGUGUUUAUCACUAUGCCCAAUGGAGUGCAUUAAUUAAUUAGUGUGGAAAAGGUAAAAGAUUUUGUGCUUUGGAAUGUGGCCAAAGAAUAAAUUGACCUUAAUGCCUGAGAACGAAAGGAUUCAAUUAAGAGAACAAUUGUUUCUGUUAAAUGAAACUUAAGUAAAACAUCCCACCUGUUCAUAUCUUGAUUUGCUAUAUAUAGAUGCAUAGAUAUGAGGUUUACUUAAGACAAACUGCUCAUUAGAUUUAGAGGAUAAAAAGAUUUCUGAAGUGAUGGCAAAAGUGCAUUCGACACCUAAAUAUGUUCCAAUCUUAACACAGGGUGGAGAGAAGAAGGAAGGUGAGGAAACUAAUCCAUUCAGGUGGAUGAUUGAGGGUUUCUCUACCCUUCUAAACCAUACUGCAGUGACGCACCGCUCUGGGAAUUUCGCAGCUUGUGGCUUCACCUGGAAUUUGCAGCUGGAAAUAAAAUCGUCUGUAGAAGAUAAUGAGAAAUCUCUCUGUCUUUACCUAUUCUCAGUUGAAGUGUCGUCUAAUACUGGUUCGGUGGUCAAGGCAACCUACGAACUGUUGAUAUAUGACCAGUUACACGGGGAGAACAUACAGAUCAAUGGUGAAGACUAUUUCCAUGGCUCAUCUCGAUAUGGAUUAUGCUUUAUGGUCCCCUUAAAAAAAAUCAGUGAUCCAAAAUCUGGACUACUAGUCAACGAUUGUUGCAUUUUCGGUGCUGAAGUAAUGGAGGCUUUAUCAUGCAAAUUAGUACGAGAAUGUGUCUCUGAGUGCUUGUCCCUGAAGAAGGAAAUAAACCCUCAAAAAUAUACAUGGGUGAUCAAGAAUUUCUUGAAACUGAGCGCAAUGCGAGUUUCUGAAGUUAUUACUUCAGGGGGUUACAGUUGGCAUAUCAAUUUAUAUCCAAAUGUUAAACCUUACCCAAACUUCUUGGCUAUGUUUGUGGUUCUGGAUAAAUUCAUCCUUUUUCCUUCCAAAACUCGAGUAUAUGUGGAUUACAGCCUCUGCUUGGUGGACCAAAUCAAUGGCAAACAUGAGAAGAUAUCAGUGCGAGAUCAAUUUUCCUCAGGGAGUGGCCGCUGGGGACUUCCAAUGUUUCUGAAGUGGAAAGAUAUACAAAAUCCAUCAAGGGGAUUCCUUCACAACGAAACUUGCAUUGUCGAAGCAUCCCUUACUGUUCUUGGAAAUGUCAGCAUUACUUAGAACACUGGUGUAUUAACCUUUGUUGACUUGUUUAUUGAUGUUUCAAGAAAACCACAUAUUGACCUCUUAGAUUAAUCCUAUUUUGAAGCUUUAUCAGUAGGAAGUAGGCUGUCUUACUCUUCAAUGCCACCGUAAUCAUAUUAUCGGUGGUAAUAAUAGUACUCCAUGGUAACAUCAUGUGCUGGUGAAGGCUAUAUACUUUCCAUGAUUCUUCUCAAUGUGGAUUAUUCUGUAUGGUCCUCUUAAAAAAAAUUCAAUGAUCCAACAUCUUGACAAUGUGUCAUGCAAAUUAGGACAAAAAGGUGUCUCCGAGUACUUAUCCUUGAUGAAGUUUAUAACCCCUGAAACUUAUACUUGGGUGAUUAAGAAUUUCUCGAAACUGUGUAGAACUAGAAUCUGAGCUUUUUACAUCCAGGGAUUACAACUGGUACAUCCGCAAUAAUGCUGCACAUUAUCUGUUUUGACUAAAUUUUCAUUGGUGCAUCAAUUAUGUUGAUUCCAUUUCUGCUGUUUUAUCUAAAUCUUUUUUAGCUCCUCGUCAUUGUUCUGGUUUCUGUUUUUUCAUCCUGAAGCAUUGAGCUGGCUUUCUUGAUUGCUAAACAUUAUGAGCUGGGUUGAGAUUCUAUGGUUGAAUCAAUGUAGUUCUUGGUUUUUCUUCACCAAUGGAGAUUGUUACGCUGGUUUUCUUGGUUGUUACCAAUCGUGAACUGGGUUUGAUACUCACAAGUCUUGUUUCUAACCUUUGAGCUCUCGACUUUCAUAGCUCAUACACCGACCUCCUCGCUAUGUACUUGGUCCUGGAUAAUCCAGUUGCUCUUCCUUCCAAGACAAGAAUGUAUGUGGAUUUCAAUUUU